AUGAAUGUUAUAUUAUUCUUGCUGUAUUCUUAAAUUUCAUUGUCAGGAUGUUCGUCUCUUUGUGAAAGCUUAUAGAUGAUGAAAAGGAAAAAUAUGAUAAAGAGUGAACGGUAGAACAUUAACUCUAAUUCUGAGAUUUAAUUAUUUUCAACUUUCUUUACAAAGAAUGCACUAAAGCUAAAGCAAAUACUAGCAAUAAUCAUGUAAAAAAUUCCUUUUUUAUUUCCCAUCAAUUGCUAAAAUUUACUCACACUACCUCCAUCCUAUUCACUAAUGCUUAUAACAUUUGUAUAGCUAUCUUUUUACAUAUAAAUUUAUUUUCCUGAUGAAAACGCUAACUCUUUAUCUGCCUAAUUGCGAUUGUUUGGAGUGCUAAGGAUUCCUUAAUUUUAAUUACUAUUAAUAUCUUAUAAAUUUUCCAUUUCAUUUAAGAAACUCCCUUUUUUUUCAUGA